UCUAGACUAAUAAAAGCUCAAGUAUAACUAUGUCAGCCAAAUGUUUGACUUGCCAACUCUACUGCGCUGGAAUGAGGAUAUUGUGCUAUCAAUAUUGCUGCCGUUGUUUGCAUAAGAAGAGGAUUGUCAAACAAAAAGUUAAUGUUAUUGCACUAGGGUUUACUGGUGCUGGUAAAAGUCACCUGCUGGCAUUGUUAUGCUCAGAGUCGACAAGUAAUAUAACACCCACAGAUGGGUUUUCUCUAAAAGAUAUUCCACUUGAGCAUACAAUCAUGCAGGUCAAAGAGCUUGGUGGAAGUGAGAAAAUUCGUCCUUACUGGAACCAUUAUAUGGAUGAUACAAAUGGCGUAAUCUUCAUAAUUAGUAUCAAAGAUAUUAGUGAUAGGAAAUUAAAUGACAAUAAACUUCUCUUAGAAAGUGUUAUGAAUAACAAUAUGUUAAUGAAAAAACCUCUGCUUGUUCUGUUAACACAAGGAAGUGAAGCAAGUCAAGGAAUUUUAGAUGAUAUCAUCAUUAAAUUGGAUCUAAUUGAGCUUUGUAAAGAUUCAUCGUUUAUCAUCGAUUUUGCACACGAAUUAGAACAUACUAAGUUAAUAUUGCAAAAGUUUUUAGAUACAAUAUGUAGUCACCAUUAAAAAAUUGCAUAAGUUACAUUUAGAUUAAAAAAUGUAAUCAAUUUCUUUUAGAGCAGUAGAAAGUAUAAUGUAUAUUAGAAAUUUAGUUGUGUAUAUAUUAAUGUAAAAUAUACAUUGCACACUGUCUUAAUAAAAAAUAAAAAUAAACUCUGA